GGGCCCUGAGGGGAGGGCGCAGAUUCGGGGGGUCCCCGGGUCCCCUCGGGGGCUCCCGGUGUCCCCGAAGCCCCGGGAGGAGGCGGCGGCGCGGGGCUGGGCCUCACUCCCGCUCCGCGGCCUCUCCCGGCGGGGCCGGCGCGGGGCUGGGCCUCACCCCCGGUCCGCGGCCUCUCCCCGCGGGGCUGGGCCUACCCCCGGUCCGCGGCUCCGGUCCCCGUCCCGAGGAUUCCCCACCAGCCCCGGAAUUCCCCCGCGGCGCCUGCCAGGAGAAGGAAGAACUGGGGAAUUUCCCUGGAAAUGAGGAAUUUGCCUGGAAUUCUCUCCUUGAACCCCAGUCUCGGGCAGAUGUUUCCUGCUGGGCUCUGGCUCUAGGAUGUUGGAGAACCGGGAGGAAGAGCUGACCACGGUGCGGGUGCAGGAUCCGCGCGUGCAGAACGAGGGCUCCUGGAAUUCCUACGUGGAUUACAAGAUCUUCCUGCACACCAACAGCAAGGCCUUCACCGCCAAGACCUCGUGCGUGCGGCGCCGCUACCGCGAGUUCGUGUGGCUGCGGCGGCAGCUGCAGAGGAACGCCGGCCUGGUGCCGGUGCCCGAGCUGCCGGGGAGGUCGGCGUUCUUCGUGGGGAGCACGGACGAGUUCAUCGAGCGGCGCCGGCAGGGGCUGCAGCACUUCCUGGAGAGGGUGGUGCAGAGCGCCGUGCUGCUGUCCGACAGCCGCCUGCACCUGUUCCUGCAGAGCCAGCUGCCCGUGCCCGCCAUCGAGGCCUGCGUGCAGGGCCGGGGCCCGCACUCGGUCACCGAGGCCAUCCUGCACUACGCCAUGGCCGGCCGCGCCUGGGGACAGCGCGGGGACAGCGCGGGGCUGGGACCGGCCAGCUGUGCCAGCCUGGGCAGUGCCCAGGGCUCCCUGGAGAGUUUCCCCUACUGGAGUGACUUUGGCAUGGACGAGGCACGGCCGGAGAGCCCGGAGCGUCCGGCCGGACACGGAGUGACCCCUCUGGACAGCCCGGAAUUCCCAGCUGGACACGGAGUGACCCCUCUGGACAGCCCGGAAUUCCCAGCUGGACACGGAGUGACCCCUCUGGACAGCCCAGAAUUCCCAGCUGGACACUGAGUGACCCUUCUGGACAGCCCAGAAUUCCCAGCUGGACACCCAGUGACCCCUCUGGACAGCCCAGAAUUCCCAGCUGGACACGGAGUGAUCCCUCUGGGCAGCCCAGAAUUCCCAGCUGGACACUGAGUGACCCCUAAGGAGAGCCUGGGAUUCCCAGAAUUCCCAGCUGGACACGGAGUGACCCCUCUGGCCCCCCCAGGCCCCGCAGCCCUCGCUGGGAGAGGGAUCAGCGCGGAGCCGCUGGGAUGGCCACACUGGGAGCACUGGGAGCACUGGGAGCACUGGGAGCACUGGGAGCACUGGGAGCACUGGGAAUGCGGCCCCAGCCGUGGCCGAGCUCUUCCCCAGCACAUUCCCGAUAUUCCCUGAAAUUCCCAGCAGUGUUUUCCUCACUCUGCUCCUGCUCAGAUCCCUCUGGAAUUCCCAAACCGGGCUCAGAUCCCUCUGGAAUUCCCAAACCGGGCUCAGAUCCCUCUGGAAUUCCCAAACCGGGCUCAGAUCCCUCUGGAAUUCCCAAACUGGGCUGAGAUCCCUCUGGAAUCCCCAGACUGGGCUCAGAUCCCUCUGGAAUCCCCAGACCGGGCUCAGAUCCCUCUGGAAUUCCCAGACUGGGCUCAGAUCCCUCUGGAAUCCCCAGACUGGGCUCAGAUCCCUCUGGAAUCCCCAAACUGGGACAAUGGGAGCCGAGCUUCCCGCCGGGAGAAGGGAGGGACGGGGCUGGAGUUUGUGUCCCUUUCCCUCUGGGGCUGUUCCAGGGAUUUUUGGGAGAGCAGGAGCAGCCCGGCUGGUUUUGGUGUCCUCCCCCUCCCUCAGCACGUGGUGUGGGCAGGAAAUAAAAAUUAAAAAAAAUAAAAAUAAACGGAUAAAAUUC